AUGAGCAACCUCAAACUCAUAGAGCUGCCGUAUAUUGCACAAACUCGCACUCUGGAUAUUUUUACUCCGCUCCGCCAUCCCAAUAGAAAGUCCAGUGAACGCGGCAUGAAUACGAACAAGGACGAAGAAAACCAAUCUUCUCCGGCUGUCUCGAAUGAGGCUAUCCGCCAGGUCUUCGAAGACUUUUUCCGCCAAUGCGACUUCCAUUAUGAAGAGGUGCCAUACGACACAGACCUCCAUAACCUGUGCAUCAACGAAGCUCGAAAUAAAGGCUAUCCAAUCGAUGCUUCUGCAGGGAAUUACUCAAUCCUGAAGGCCCUUCCAGUCGGAGUUGUUCUGGCCUCAACUGCAUAUGGUCAUCUGAGGAACAGAGAGCUUCAAGUAUUCAUCGCACUGUACACGGCAUUUUUAGGCCAGAUUGACACAUACUUUGCUCACGACAUUGCCGGAAUCGACCAUUUCACUCGUCGCUUUGUCUCGGGAAAUCAACAAGCCAACGAGCUGCUCGAGUCUUUGGCAUCCUUUCUGCGCAGCGUCUACGACCAUUAUACAGGAAUUCAAGCGAACAUCAUUAUUGCCUCUGCCUUGAAUUUCAUGACUUCCAUGGUAUUAGAGUACAGAACUCAAGGGAUGAAGCUAUCCACGGCCGCUUUCGGCUACCCGACCUUUUGCAGGAUACUAUCGGGAAUAGGUGAAGCAUAUGCCUGCUUUGUAUUUCCGCCAGAUGCCGCCAUAGGCGAAUAUAUCCAGGCGUUUCCCGAAUUGACAAUGUACAUCAACUGCGUCAACGACGUCUUGUCUUUCUACAAAGAGGAGAACGCCGGUGAGACGGUCAACUAUGUCUCCAUUCAGUCUGCGUUCCGGGGGAAACCGAAACUAGCAAUCCUGAAGGACUUGGCCGAUGAUGUGGCCACCUGCCGAGACCGUGUCAGCAAAAUACUUGAGACUCAAGAAGAAGAAGUGAAGGCAGCAUUUACAGCUUUUGCUCCAGGAUUUAUCACUCUUCACAUGUCUUCGAAUAGCAGGUAUCACCUUAAUGAUUUGUUUGCUUCCUAA